CGCGCUUUAAACACCCCCGCACAGCCCGGGCUCAGCCUUUCGGGGCUUAAAAGAGGACGGUCGCCCACGCCAGGCUGCUGGAACCGCGCGGUUCCCGAGAGACAGGCGAACCCGCCCCGCCGCCGUCAUCCUCCUCCUCAUCCCGACGCUUCCCCGGCCAUGAAUGGGACGCUGGAGAGCCUGCACGACCACACGCUGAACGAGGAGGAAGGGGCGUUCAUGUUUACUUCGGAGUCCGUGGGAGAAGGGCACCCAGACAAGAUAUGCGAUCAGAUCAGCGAUGCCGUGCUUGAUGCACAUCUACAGCAAGAUCCAAAUGCCAAGGUUGCUUGUGAGACCGUGUGUAAAACAGGGAUGGUGUUACUCUGCGGGGAGAUCACAUCCCGAGCUGUGGUGGAUUACCAGCAGAUCGUCCGAGACACCAUUCUGAACAUAGGUUACGAUGACUCAGCUAAAGGCUUUGACUACAAGACCUGUAAUGUUCUCGUGGCUUUGGAACAACAGUCACCUGAUAUUGCCCAGGGUGUUCAUCUGCACAGGACUGAAGAAGAAGUUGGUGCCGGGGACCAGGGCCUAAUGUUCGGCUAUGCAACUGAUGAGACGGAAGAGUGCAUGCCCCUGACUGUCAUGCUUGCCCACAAACUGAAUGCCAAAAUGGCGGAGCUGAGGCGCAGCGGAGUCCUCCCUUGGCUUAGGCCUGACUCCAAAACCCAGAUCACAGUACAGUACAUCCAGAAAGAUGGCGCUGUUAUCCCAGUGCGCGUCCACACAAUUGUCAUCUCUGUGCAGCACGACGAAACCAUCUCUCUGGAGCCCAUGCGCAAGGCCCUACACGAGCAUGUUAUCAGGGCCGUGGUUCCAGCCGAAUACUUGGAUGACAGCACUGUUUAUCACCUUCAACCCAGCGGCCGGUUCGUCAUUGGAGGACCCCAGGGUGACGCUGGAGUUACAGGCCGGAAGAUCAUUGUGGAUACUUAUGGUGGGUGGGGAGCUCAUGGAGGCGGAGCGUUUUCCGGCAAAGACUACACAAAAGUGGAUCGGUCGGCAGCCUACGCGGCCCGGUGGGUUGCCAAAUCCUUGGUGAAAGCAGGGCUGUGCCGUCGUGUGCUGGUCCAGGUCGCCUAUGCCAUCGGCGUGGCUGAGCCCCUCUCCAUCUCACUGUUCACUUAUGGUACCUCCACAAAACCGGAGCAAGAGCUGUUGAACAUCGUCCACCAGAAUUUCGACCUUCGACCAGGAGCCAUUGUCAAGGAUCUGAAUUUGAAGAAGCCCAUCUAUCAGAAGACUGCUUGUUAUGGUCACUUUGGAAGAAGUGAAUUCACUUGGGAGAUACCCAAGAAACUGGCCUUUUAACCAUUCUGGGGCCAAACCCUUAAGCUUGAAGGGAAAAAGGAUUCCACUACAAAGGGUGCUUCCAUUGACUACCGUCUAAGCUGAGAAAAUGGGGGUAGAUCUGUCUGUGGAAAUUACCACCGUUUUGUAUUCCCACGCCCACAUCCACGCACAUGCAGAAGAUAAAAAGUGCAAUUGGAUACCAUUCUUCAUUUUUCCUAUUGCUGAUAAAAAAAAUUUGGUUCUACUUAGAAAUACAACUUAGGACUUGGACCCACAACGAAAUCAUGGAGUGCUUUUUGCCUUCAACCCAGCUGCUCUACGUUCUGAUAUCCUCUGCAUGGGAAGAAAAUAUCCCCUCAGCUUCAAUAAUCUUACUCACUGCACCUGGACUAUUAGAGAUUCUGGGUUCCAGUCUCCUUCCUGGAGUUGGUACUACAAAUUUUUGCCCGGUUCUUGAUGUGGAGAAGGAUAAUUGACCUAUACCUGGGUCAUAUCUUAUCCGAAAGGUUUUGUCAGACUUUUCAGCUUUGUCUCUAUCUGACUUUUUGGAGGGAGUUUCCAACUUUCUUUUUUUAUAGCAGCCUUGCGACAAAACGUUUUAGAUGGGUGCAUGUCUGGUGCCUUCUAUCUAUACGCUUACAUAUCGGUUACGUGGCUAGAGCCCAUUCUAGGCAGGGCUAUACUAUAUAUGUAAAAAGUAUUUUUUUAAAAACAACCACCACCACAAAUUGUUGCUUGCAAAGCCACACACCUCUGCCAUUGGCUGAGCUACUGUGACUUCAUGGAAUGUUGAUGAGGGAAACAGUCAGCAGUAGAGGUAAUGAAGCCAUGUAGCUCCAGUGAGGGAAGUAAAAGGUUAGUAGGGAAUGGUGGACUGUGUGGUAUUGGAAAAAAGAAGGGGGUAAUGGGGAGGCCAAGGACUGAGAAAAUGCAGUGGGCGAGGUAGCUGAAGGCAAGGAGUUGAGGAAGACUAGGUAGUAGAUGAAAAAUGAGGCAAGUGUAAGAGGGGUGGUUUGACAACAAAAAGACUCAAAUGACAGGGCGUUGAUGGCGCACUAGAUCAAAAAGAAAAAGAAACUAAACUGCUCUUUCCAUGAAGCAGGGUGAAGCGACCAACUUCAGGUGGCACCAUGAGGGGGACAGUUUGAUGAAGGCAAGAGUCAUCUGAGUGAUGCAGCACAACGUUUUAAAUGUUGGCCCAGCAGGGCCAGGGGGCACUUGGGCUGUGCUUCAGGUAGCCAAACAUCUAGGGCAAGACAGGCAAGGGUUUUUUAAUAUAUAUUCGGAGAGCCUGGAUCAGGGUCCCAAGAGGGCAUAGAAAUAUGGGGAGGGGAAAUGUAGUUGUAGAAUUGAAUUCCACAUCAAUUUGAUCUAAUCAAUCAGGAUCCAGGUCUAUAGUUUUUCCUUUAAGGGUUCCAUUGCGAGGAGAGGCUUAGCAAGCACAGUUUCCCCCAUCAUAGAUGCAUUCUUUUAAAAAGAUAACACCGCACGUAAAGAAUUCUCUUUCUCCCUGAGCUCCAAAAGUAGCAGAAAUCCACUCUGGAAUAGGUUAUGGCACUUCUCUGCCUCAGCUCUUCAGACUCAUAUCUCAGCAUUUUACUUUUACUAUGUAAAGCAUCACAUACACCAGAUGGUGCUAUAGACAUUAUUAAUAAUAACUUUUGGCUGGCACGUAUCCUCAGCAGAGUCCAAUCUCAGUAUCGUGAGCACUGUUUGCUAGCAAUGCUGUUUUUUCAACCCAGGAAAACUGAAAACCAUUUCAGUGCCUUUAUAAUAGAUUUCAGUGGUUCAUUUCAUAUGUACGCUUUCCCUCCCUCUCCCCUGUGAUUUUAACAGCCAUUUGCAUGUCAACAGAAACUUACUAAAGUGUUCUGCCCCUUGUUGUUAUAA